GGCCAGUUUGCGCAACCCAUGCAUGCACCAAAACGAUGCACAUUUGUUUUAGUAAUGUAGGGUGAACAUUUAUUUCUAUUAUUUUAUGUUGUCACGACAGGUUUGCACAAGAUGCUUAAACUGCGGUAUCUCAGCGUUCUUAUAUCCCAGCGGCUAACGUUAGCUGCCCAGGAGAUUUUUAAGGACGUGGAAGAAACCAUUGUAGAGCUGCACGACGAAACGAAGUUGGUAAAACUUGAGAACGCAAAACUCAAACUGAAACUUCGAGAGUUUGGCAUCAAUCUCUACAAUGAGUCUACUGAGGUGGUUGCACCUGCUGCAAGUUCCACUGUCGCACAGAGCUGUGAAGAGCCGAGGACUGAGGUGGGCAGAGAAGCCAGCCCAACUGUUGCAUCUGUUAAAGAGGAGCUCGAUGCACUUGCAGAAAAUGGCUGGGAACCAGAGGAUAACGCAGACAUGGACAUCAAAACAGAGACCAAUUUCACAGAUUGCACGGCAGCGCCUGAAAAGGAGGCCUCAGACACGCAACCCGACGCCAGAGUCACAGCGACCCCUGAGGACGUGAUGUCAUGGCUGGCCUUGGAGCCCCGUGAGCCGGAGGUCUUCCCGUGUGUGGCGAGGACAUGGAGUGUUCAGGAAUGCGGUGGCGCAGAGGCAGGGCCGCCUCCUGUUUUGUCUCAGAUAACUGAAAGGUCCUGCGCCCAGAGUAAGGAGCCUUCAGACGAUAAUGAUGACGAUUAUGAAGACUUUGAUGAUGCUCAAGAUGACGGACAUGCAGGGAAUGACCACUUUCUUAACUCAGAGCCUGCUGAGAUGCCAGACAACUCUCAGAUGCCCAAGAAAAGACCUUACACUAGGCGACAGCCUUCCAAACGAGGGAACACUAAGCAGAAAAAUGGCACAGAGGAAACAAAUGAAAGGACAAGCCCUGAACCUACCACACAGGUGGUCAAAAGGAAAGUAGGAAGACCCAGGAAGAAUCCUCCAAUAUCCAUACCAUUGUCUGCCUUGAAUGACCCUCAGGUGGAGACGGAAAAUUCACAAGUUCAGAGUAGACUGAGGUCUGGGAAUGAAGGGAAAGUAAUCACGGGAAAACGGCGAGGGAGAAAACGGAGGGGUCCCUAUAAAAAAUCAAAGAAGGCACUUCCGAUUGAUAGCAAAAGUGCUCCGAUAGGUAGACCACCGACAAGAGUCUUGAGGCUUCGGAUCUCUAAAACCGAAGUAGAAGAGGUGGACUUAAAAAAUGGAGAGAACGUUUCAGUUCGGAAGUCAGACCGAAUAAGAAUUAAGCCUACUGAAGAUGAACCAGAGGAGGAGAACUUGAAAAAUGGAGGGAAUGUUUCCGGACGAAAGUCAAGCCGAACAAGAAUAAAGGAUAAGGAUGAGGAGUCAGAAGAGGUGAGCUUACAACACACUGUUCUUCAAAAGUCAAGCCGAAAGAAAAUCAAGCCUAUUGACGACGAACUACAUCCUGAAACCGGUGAAAAUGGUUACUUAAGAAUGUCAAUGCGAACAAGAGGGAAAAUUAAUAAAGACAAACCAGAGGAUGAAAGCAUAAAAGAUGAGCAAAAUCUUUCAAUUCAAAGGUCAAGCCGAACAAAAGUCAAGCCCAACGAAGCCAACAAAAGAGAUGAGGAUCAUUUACAAAAUGAACAGAACACCUCAGUUCAAGAGCCAAGCUUAACAGUACGAGUGGGUAGACCAAGAGGGCGGCCUAAAAGGAAUUCUCAAAUUACCACAGAUAACCCAUCCAAUGAAGGACACUUAAAAAAUGUUUCAGAAGAUCCACCUUCAACAUCAAGUCGAGCCGAAUUGGAAGGCAAGAACUGUUUUCCCGAACAACCACCUGUCACUUUAGUCAAGGAGGAAUUGGAAGAAGACAAUGGUGUUUUAGAGCCCCCACUUCUUACACUAUGUGAGGGGGCAUUGCAACACAACAAUAAGGCACAGACAGAAGAGCCAGACUUUAACACAGGCCAGACAGUAAUGGAUCAGAAUGAUAGUGCUUCAACACAGACUCCUUUCACAACAGUCGAGGUGACGUUGGAACAGGUUGAUGAUGCUUUAAAUAAGCCAACUUCCAUUUCAUCUGAACCGUUACUGGAACAAGACCGUAGUGUUUCAGAAGAGUCACCAGUCAUGUCAGAAAAGAGCGAGUUGGAAAAAGAUGUUUUUUUAGAACCACCCCUUCUCACACCAUGUGAGGUAGAAGUGGAACAGAAGAGUAGCGGUGAGGUAGAAGAGGCACAUAACAACACUGAUCAUACGGUAGUGGAGUCAACUUUAACACCGUUUGAGGUGCCAUUGGAUCAGGGUGAAGGUGGUGUAGACGAGACAACUUUCAGUUCAUGUGAGAAGUUAUUGGAACAAGAUGGUAGUGUUCCCGAACACAGCAGUAAGGCACAGAGAGAAGAUCCAGAUUUCAACACAGGUCAGACAGUAGUGGAUCAGAAGGAUAGUGCCUUAACACGUUCCCCUUUAACGCCAGUCGAUGUGCCGUUGGAGCAGAAUGAAGAUGUCUUAAAUGAGCCAACUUUCACUCCAUCUGAGAUGUUAUUGGAACAAGACAAAACUGAUUCGGAAGAGCCACCUGUUAUUUCAGGAAAGGGCGAGUUGGUAAAAGAUAAUCUUGAUUUAGAUCCACCCCCUCUCUUACCAUAUGAGGUGGCAUUGGACCACAAGAGUGAUGUGCAGACAGAAGAGACACAUUUCAGUGAGGUUGAGAUGGCCAUGAAACACACAGAUAGUGCCUCAGUGGGGUCAGCAUUAACAUCACACAAGGUGCCAUCGGAACAGGCUAAAGGUUUUUUAGACGAGCCAUGUGAGAAAUUAUUGAAACAAGACUGUAAUGUUUAUGAAGACCCACCUGUCACUUCAGGAGAAGGGGAAUUGGAAAAAGAUAAUGUAGAACUUGGACCGCCACCUCUUACAUCAUGUGACGCACCAUUGGAACACAAGAAAGAAGAUACACAUUUCAGUGCAGAUCAGGUGGCAAUGAAACAUGUACUGCAGCGCUUUACCCCCUUAACAUCAGUCGAGGUGCCAUCGGAACAGGCUAAAGGUGUUCUAGACAAGCCAACUGUCAGUUCAUCGGAGACGGUAUUUGAACAAGACGAUAGUGUUUCAGAUGAGUCACCUUAUUCACCAGGUGAUGUGGAAUUUGAAGAUGAGAACAGUGUCCCUGUAGAGCCCACUUUCUCAGCAGGAGAAAAAUACUUUGAAAAAAAUGAGUUGGAGCUAGAGAAGCUUCCCGGUAGAAAAAGUGAACGAGUGAGGAGGAUUCAGGCGGAGAAGUCCACAACUCAACCAGUGGAAGAGCGGAAGAGUGCCUCUAGCGACGAAGACAGCUCUGAAAGUGAGGGAGACUCCUCAGGGUUUGACAAGCCGAGUAGCAGACAAAUUAAGCGCCGUCGAACUCCUUCCUCAGACUUUGAGUUUGACAAUGAACAAGAAGGUGAAUCAUCAUCAUCAGAGGAGGAGGAAUCCAGUGGUGAGGACUCCUCUGGAAAUGAAAGACCCAGGAAGCAACAACGAGUUUCAAAAAGAAGUGAUGAGGAGGCAGGUUUAGAAACUGGUGUGACUGUUAAAACAAUUGGCAACAAGCAUGACAAGCGAAACUACUGUUUGUAUUGUUCAGCGUUUCCUGCCAAGAUUUCAAGGCACUUGGUAGUGCGUCACUAUGACGAGAGAGAUGUGGCCAUGGUUCUCGGCCUUCCUAAAAAGUCCAAAGAAAGGAAAAUGCUAUUGGAUCGCAUCCGUAACUCUGGGAACCGUGCUCACAAUGACCGAGUCCUGAAGGAAGGAAAAGGAGUUCUGAUCCCUGCUCGAGCCUAUAAGUCUGGCGACGUUCCUGAUUACGAAUACUGCUCUGGUUGCCAAGGUAUGUUUUCCAAAGAUUGGCUGAUCAAACAUCUUGAAAGUUGUAAGUGGGUGGUAGAGAAGGAAGGUCAUCAGCCUGUACUUCCUGAAGUCCUCCCAAAGAAAGACUUCUCAGAGAUACUUUCUGGGAUGUAUGAGGAUGAUGUUACAGGUGCGGUUAGAGGGGACGAGCUUCUACUUAAACUUGGACAGCAUCUGGUCGACAAAAGAAUGCAGUCUGAACGCAUACUGCAAAAACUUCGUCAGUUGGGAAGAUUGCUCUUGAAUGGCCGAAAAAUCACCCCGUUGAAAAAAAUGGAAGACUACAUCAGGUGCUCAAAUUGGAGUUACGUAACGGCAGCUGUGAAGAAUGUCGCAGAGUACUCUGAAUCCACACAAACAUUUACCAUCCCUAGGUAUGCUGCUUGCCUCAGAAUCAGUCUUUGUACCAUUGCUGGCAUCAUCAAAUGUGACUCCAAGACCAAUGGAGAUAAAGAAGCCCUGCAAAAUGCUGACAUGUUUCUAGACUCUAUACGGAUGAAGUGGCAUCAAGAAUUCUCAGCAGCAGGGACGUCGACCAGCCAAAGGUCAUCAGUUGUCACUGAAGAGCCGCAGGAAGUAGGUGGUGACAAAAAUUGUGCGUCAUCUGUUCAAGAUGUUGAUGAUGCAAAGACAGAUGGUGGAGUAGGACAUAACCUUGAAAAAGACGAGGAUGCAGAAGAGGACGAUUAUGAUGACAUUGAUGACAGCGAUGCUGAUGACGAUGAUGAUGCUGAUGACGAAGAUGAUGGUGGCAAUGGCGUCGAGGAGAAUGGCAGUCAAUGUGCAGAUGGGGACGGUCAGGAAAGCAUUACUCCUCUACCUGUAGUCGACAGCAAAACCGAUAAUUCAAUGAAUGAUGGCGUCAAGCAAUCAUGCGAAGGUACCCAAACCGCCACUUCUGCCAAACCACUUACAGCUGAAUUGAAAUUACAGCCACAGUCCGAUAUUGCAGAGGCUACUUCAUCAGUGAACAUUCAAGAUGGUGACUCAACUACUGUACGCAAGACAACGGAUGCGUUCUUGUCUGGCCUCAUCAAUAAUGAAGACAUUUCUCUGGCAGGAAAAGGAAAUAUAAAUCACUGUUUGUUCUGCCAACAAAAGGUGUCCAAGCUCUCGAGGCAUUUAGAAAGCAGACAUCCCGAAGAAGAAGGUGUAGCCAAAGCAUUGAGCUAUCCCAAAGGUAGCAAAGAAAGGAAAUUGUGUUUUCGACUAAUCCUUCACAGGGGCAAUCGCGCACACAACACCCGUGUGCUGAAAGAAGGGAAAGGAGACGUUGUUAUAAAGCGGAACCUUCGGCAAUCAGCUGCAAAACCAAGUGAUUGCAGGCAUUGCCCAUAUUGUGAUGGAUUGUUUCUCAAGCACAUGAUCCCAAAACACUUAAAAGACUGUCCAUUCAUGAAGGAAGAGGAUCGUGCCAUGAUCGGAAAGGGGCAAAGAGGAUGGUAUGAACUCAAGUACGGUCCUCAACCAGAUAAUGUCAGUGAAGAACUCUGGAAGAUCUUGACAAAGAUGAAUCAAGACGAGGUCACCGUGGCAGCCAAGGGGGACAAGUAUGCUUUACAGUUGGCAGAGCAGCUGCUUGACAAAGGACAGGGAGAUGACGCUGCUUUUCGGGAGGCUUACAUUCGGCAGCGACUCCGAGAGCUAGGCCGACUGCUGGUGAGUUGUCAGAAGAUCACGCCUAUGUACAGUCUGAUGGACUUCAUCCUGCCUCACAAUUGGAACCAUGUGGUCGCAGCCGUCAAGGACGUCGCAGGCUACAACGAGCCAGAAACUGCCCCUAACUCCUCCCUCCUGUCACAGCUCUAUCGAAGUCUGCAGAAAGUUGGAAGUUUUGUGGAAUCGGAUGCCGUGUCCCAGCAGGAUAAGCAGAUGACUGAGUAUGCCAGAGCUUUCAACAAAAGCUUUGUAGAGAAGUGGCGCAAGCUUUUCCCCACUCCUUACACGGCAAGGAAGAGCCGGCAACAGCGCAGGAAUGGUGUCAAGUUGUUGUCCUUCACAGAGGACAUCAACAAUCUGCACACAUACCUGAAAGGCAAAGUUGGUGAGUCUUUCUCUGCAUUGUGUGCAUCUCCAAGCCAAACAACGUGGGCGGACAUAGCCAAGAUGGUCCUUGCACAGUUGAUCAUGUUUAACAGAACAAAAGCCAGAGAGGUUUCCCGGCUGACCGUGAAGGAAUUCUGCUCCAAGAAGUCAUAUGGCAUGCCAGACGACACAGAUGAUUUGACACCAUUUGAGCACGAGCUUUGCAAAUACACCUCCAGGAUUGAGAUCUCCAGGGCAAAUGGAGACAAUAUGCAGAUCCUCAUUCCCCCGUUUUUGGUCAACAUUGUCGACACUAUGCUCCAAAGAAGAAUGCUGUGUAGCAUUCGUUAUGACAACAGUUUUGUGUUUGCCCAGCCAAGGUCCAUAACAUUCAUGUCAGGCCCUGAGGCCCUGGAAAGCGUGGCAAAAGACUGUGGGGCCAAGCAUGUGAAGAAGCUUUUGUCAGAUGGCCUGAGGGAACACGUUGCUGUGAUCUCUCGGCUGCUUUACCUGAAGGACAUGCCUCAGGUGACCGACUUCAUGGGCCUUAGUCUGGUCCCACGCCUAAGGACUGACUGUGCACAGCAACAGACUCUAGAGCUGGCAAGGCUUGGCAAGGUUCUGAUUACCAUGGAGAAGGGACAGCCAAGGCCCACUGACCAGAAUGUUGAAGACACCGUUGUCACACCUGAUGAAAUUGUGCAGCAGACUGAGUGGUCCUCAGGUGAAGAAGAUGAGGAGGAGGAGGAGGAUGAGGAAGAGGAGGAGGAUGCCGGUGAUGAUGAUGACGAUAAAGACUACCGUCCCUCAAGAGCUGCCAAGUCACAACAAGUUGCAGCAGCAGCUGUUAAAAAGAGGCGAAGCGGAGCCAAAAGCCGGUGGACAGAUGAGGAGGUCCAGGCUGUGGAGAGACACAUGGCCCCGUUCAUCAAUUCAGGAAAGACCCCCGGCAAGAGAGAGUGCACGGCCUGCAUCCUGGCCGAACCCGAGGCUCUCAAAGCUAGAAAGUGGGAGUCAAUCAAAUUUUACACCAAAAACCGAAUCGUUUCUCUUCGCAGGAAAUCCCGAAGAACCACAAGGCGUGCAAAUAUCAAUUAGCGGCCGUUUUCAUGAUUUUUUUAUUUUCACCAACACGCCGAAAUCAUCAGUUAUCAUGUUCUGAGUGAAAAUACGUCGAUGGACGUUUUUAUGCAUCCAGGGAAUGCAAGUUGUGUGUAUAUAUUAACUGUGAUUUUGUUUUUAAAAUUGUAACCAUGUGCAUGUUCCAAGUCCAAUCUACUGCAGUUUUUUUCAGUAAAUUUUAUUUUGACAAAUUUGUUCAAAAAUACAUUCCGUUCAGUCUCGUA